CUGAGUCAGCAUAAGGACACUUCUUUCUCUCUCAUCGUUCAACAUCAGAACGACGACGACGAUGAUGUUGAUGUUGAUGAAGAGAGACAGAAUAUAGCAACAUCAGUACACACAAUAAUCGAGGGUCUCUCGCUAUAUAUACCCACAUAUACCUUCGAGCAGCCACCAGCCAACAAGCUUCUAGCAAGCUUCCAACAAGCAAACCAUCGCCUACCAACCUACCAAAAGCCGUGGAUUCCCUCUCAUAAGACCCUGUCCUUGUUCCAGGAAGCUCAUCCAAACACAGAUUACGCUUAGAUAGAGGGAGAGCAGCUUCUCGAUCCGUUGUCGAUUCGAUUUUCAUACGGCUUGAUAUAAUAUAACUAUUGAAUCCGGAACCCCUCUACUCCACAUUCGUCCUUCGAUAGCUCCUUUUCAUCCUGCCUUACCUCACCCUCACUCACCCUCAUUCUCCGCCUCUUUCAUUUGUCUGUUACCACGAUGUGGAUUGUUAACUGGUUUUAUGAUAUCCUCGCCUCCCUCGGGCUGCUGAACAAGCAUGCAAAGCUCCUCUUCCUCGGUCUGGAUAACGCGGGAAAAACUACGCUGCUGCAUAUGUUGAAGAAUGAUCGAGUGGCCAUCCUCCAACCUACCGCACAUCCCACAUCCGAAGAACUAGCCAUUGGUAACAACAGAUUCACAACAUUCGAUCUAGGUGGUCACAUGCAAGCCCGUCGUCUUUGGAAAGAUUACUUCCCAGAAGUAAGCGGCAUCGUCUUCCUCAUCGAUGCCAAGGACCCCGACCGUUUCCCCGAAGCUAGGGCCGAACUGAGCGCCCUCCUGGCCAUGGAGGAGCUUGCCAAGGUUCCAUUCCUCAUCCUCGGCAAUAAAAUCGAUCACCCGGGCGCCGUGCCUGAGGAUGAGCUUCGGCACCAAAUGGGCCUUUUCCAGACCACCGGCAAGGGCAAGGUGCCUUUGGAGGGUAUCCGGCCUAUUGAAUUGUUCAUGUGCAGCGUGGUUAUGCGGCAAGGUUAUGGUGAAGGUAUCAGAUGGAUGUCUCAAUAUGUCUAAAUUGCGUAGAAAAGCCUUCGCGUUUGCAUUAUAAUCGUAUUAUCAUGCCUUGUCUUGUCUUGUCUUGUCUUGUCCUGUCUUGUCUUGUCCUUUAACCAGGUUCAUUUCUAUGCCCGUCAAGUCUAUGCAAAUCUUGUUUUUUGUGUGUUCCACUCAGCCAUCCAAAGCCACUUUUCCUUUUUAUUUCAUAACUCUCUAUUUUAAGAAAAAAAGAGAGAGACCAUCAGCUUCCUCCGUCUCUCUCUUCGCUCAUGAUUUGUUGAAUAUGAGGGAAAAAAGGAUAAAUUUCGGGAACUAAGUUCCUCCCUUUCCCCAACCCCCAGAUCAAUCAAUCAGUCAGAUCUAUCAUUGCAUCAAUCCAUUCACAUUUCCCUACUCUCAUCCAUUUUUGUUUGUUGCUGUUUAGGCGUCCAGUACAGAAAAAAAACACAGAAAUCUUUUCUUCUUUCUCUCCAUGAUGUACAGAACUCUCAUGACAAACAGCUCCUUUCCCAUUUGUUCUCCCGGUUUUUUUUUUUUUUUUUUUUUUUUUUUUUUUGGUUCACACUCUUAUUAGCUAGCCUACAUUUAUAUUUCCUUCUUUCCGCCACUAAUUAUACAAGUCCACUCUCAUCUACCUCAAUGGCCGUCAGGAGAGGGAAUAGUCUUUUAUAGUCUUUUAGGUCCCCCCCCCCGGCCAAAAAAUAUAAAGUAAUCAGGAAAAAAGAUACAAUUACAAUUACGAAUUCCCAGUCUCCGCUUUCGUUUAUCGUUAACUUAUUCUUACCCUCCUUCCCUCCCUCCCUAUUUGUUACAUGGGAGACAGACAGUUCAUAAAGCAUGGAUAGACCUUUAGGAAGUUUCUCCGCCCUCCUCCUUCCACCCCUCCCCCCACUUACCACCCCCAGUCCGUUCCGCUCUGGCCCGCGGAAUAGCGACCAAAGGCAUAUACAUAUACAUAUCAUACAGGCGCACAUGGAGGCUUAAAAUGGGCGAAUGCGAUGGGCAACCCUCUGCUCACUGUCAUAUAUAUAAUGUUUUUCAUUCAGCUUGUAAAACUGCUCUUUUGCUUGCCUGCUGCUAGCUACAGUAUCUCACUGAAAAUGACCACUUGACACUUGAGCCAGAAAAAUAAACACUUCAUGAACCCUGAGAAUACGAAUGCUGUGUCUAACUAUCAUCUCCUCCCCCCCCCCCCGGGCUUUUACCUAAGUACGAUACCUUCAACCUAAUUGAGAAGCCCGAUGUCCUACACUGCAAAGCCCGCUCUACCUGUCGUCAUGUCCCCCUUGGAAGGAAAUAAAAAGAGAUUCCACAAUCCCUCCCAAGUAAACCUUAAC